UUUAAUUUUAAUAUAAAGAAAACAGAGAAAAAAUAAUUUCUGUGUUAGGGUUUAAGACAGCUUGUGAACCCACGUUGUUUGCUUCUCUGAGGUUUUACACAUUUCCGCAGUCGUCUGAAUUGAGCUACAGCAAUGGCCUUCUGGGGGAUUGAAGUAAAACCAGGCGAAUCCUACACUUUGUCUGAUGAGGAGAGAGGAAGGCUUCAUGUAACUCAGGCGACAUUAGGUUCAGGGGAAUCGACAGAGAAGAGCAUAUUACAGUGUGAAGUGGGAGAUAAAGACCCGAUUUACCUGUGCUCGUUGCUCCCCGAUAGGCUCGAGACGUGCCCCUUGAACCUCGAGUUUGAGGAAGACGAAAAAGUCACCUUUUCGAUCGUUGGCCCUCAGAGUGUGCAUCUCUCUGGUUUCUUUUAUGGUGAUGAAUCUGAAGAUGAGGAUGAAUCUGAUGAAGAUGGUUAUGGAUGCCUCUAUGAGGAGGAUGAUGGAAUGGGGAUUGGUUCUGAGGAUGAGGAAGAUUUUGACUACGAUUCUGAAGAUGAGGAAGACGAGGACUGUUCUGAGGAUGACCUUUGCUGCGGGCACCCCCAUUCUGUUCGCAACAGUGGAGUGAAAAUUGAAGAGAUAGUGGAUGAUGAAAAGCCGAUCAAUGAGAAUGGCGUGUCUAAACAAGCGAAGAAGAAGAAGAAAGCUACUGGAAACGAAAACUCCAACAGCCAGAUUGUUACCAAGACUGAAACUAGUGUUCCCAUUCUUGAAAGUGAAGAUGAAGAUGGUUUUCCUGUACCUGCAUCUAAUGAAACUAAAAAUGAAAGUAUUGGUAAGAAAUCCCAGAACAAGAAUGAAAAAGCUGAUGCUGGUUCCGAGAAAAAGUUGAAAAGAAAGAGUGGGGCCAUCGACCAAGACGAACAGCCUGCAAGGGACACCACUGAAAAUGAAGUUAAACAAAAGAAUAACAAGAAGAAAAAGGUAGCGCAGAGUUCUCUGGAAAAUGGAAAACCUGAUUCUAAGGUUACGGUAGAGCCUCCAGUAGCUGAAGCUGGAAGCGAUCUCAAGCCAUCUUCUGAAAAGAAGAAAGAAAAGAAAAAGAACAAGAAAAACAAACUACAAGAAAAUGCAGAGACUCCGAGUGCAGAGAAGAAAGUAGCAGAGAAAUAUGAAACCAACGUGGAGAAACAAGAGAAAGGAGGAGCAUCUAAAUCACUACAAGUGAGAACAUACCCGAAUGGUCUUGUAACAGAGGAGGUGGCAAUGGGUAAACCCGAUGGAAAAAGAGCUUCUCCAGGGAAAAAGGUUAGUGUCCAUUACAUUGGCAAGCUGCAGAAGAAUGGCAAAAUCUUCGAUUCAAACGUUAGAAAAGCACCCUUUAAGUUUCGCCUAGGUAUUGGCCAAGUUAUUAAGGGAUGGGAUGUUGGUGUAAAUGGCAUGCGCGUAGGGGACAAACGAAGAAUCACAAUCCCUCCAGCUAUGGGGUAUGGUGCCAAAGGAUGUCCUCCAGCAAUACCUCCCAACUCAUGGCUGGUGUUCGAUGUGGAGUUGGUCGAUGUCAACUAAGCAACUCAACCUUAUAUCACUACAAACAUCUGUGCACAAUAUUCAUUGAAUUUUGUUGUUUUACCUGUCAUGUAUUAGUGGUGUAUCCCAGUUUUGUAUGUGCUGCUGCACAAGAGUGGUGGCAUUUGGGAUGUCGAAACUUAUUUGAAACUUAAUGAUCUUUUGAAUUUAGUGUCUAAAUUUGAUGCA